AUGGGCUGGGCCAUGGCCCACUCUUGCCCUAAUGCUGGAUACAUCGCUGAAAUGAGGAUGACAAAUCGAAAAGAAAUUGAUUCAUUACAAUUGAACGUUAUUGAAUUAAAACAAGAACAUGAACAAUUGAAUGAACGCAUCUUAUCGAAUGAUCAAAUGUAUAUUGUCAUAAAGAAUGUAAAUCGAACAAUUGAAAAAUUAUUAAUUGUACUUGAUUUUACUACACAAAUGAUUAACAAUCAAAAUCCUGAUGUUUUAAUGCUUCGUUUAUCUUCAACUAAAACAGAAGGUACUGUAAACUGA